GACUUCAGUUUGUUGAAAUGAGCAGUCGUAAAUCAAAGAGUAACAAUUUAAUACAUACAGAGUACCUUUCACAGUGCAAUCGAUCUGCUUUAGUUCAUCAAAAUAAUGCCUCGCAGAAGAUCAAACUUAGGUCGUCGUACUCGCAGAGCGGAAGCAGUGCGACGAGUAAUUGCAAAUCAGACUGAGGAAGAACGGGCAUCAGCGAACGAGCGAAACAGACAAAGAAUGGCUCAAAAACGUGCCGAGGAAGCAGCAGAGCGACGUGCAGCCAGACUUGAGGAUGCACAGUGGCGAGCACGGCGAGCACGGGGAUCGCGUUCUGCAGCUUCAGAUCUGCUUCGUUCUCAACAGAAUGAACGCGACAGGCCGAGAGUGGCUGAAAGACGUCAACGAGAAACAGCAGAUCCGCGUCAAAACGUACAAAGAAUUUUACGUGAAAGAUUUUGUCAUCAGAGUUCACAUAGUAACCUAUUUGGAGUACAAGUACAAUAUAAACACUUAAUUGAGCUGCUAAAAAGAACUGCUAUCCAUGGAGAAAGUAACUCUGUUCUCAUUAUUGGACCCCGAGGAUCAGGAAAGACCAUGCUAAUUAACCAUGCUUUGAAAGAAUUAAUGGAGGUGGAAGACGUGAGUGAAAAUGUAUUACAAGUUCACCUAAAUGGACUGCUGCAGAUCAAUGAUAAAAUAGCUCUAAAGGAAAUCACAAGGCAGUUAAAUCUGGAAAACGUAGUUGGAGAUAAAGUUUUUGGAAGCUUUGCUGAAAACCUUUCAUUUAUUCUGGAAGCUUUAAAAAAAGGUGACCGGACUAGUAGUUGUCCAGUGAUCUUCAUAUUAGAUGAAUUUGAUCUUUUUGCUCAUCAUAGAAACCAAACACUCCUCUAUAAUCUUUUUGAUAUUUCUCAGUCUGCACAGACUCCAAUAGCAGUUAUUGGUCUUACAUGUAGAUUGGAUAUUUUGGAACUCUUAGAAAAAAGAGUGAAGUCACGAUUUUCUCACAGACAGAUGCACUUAAUGAAUUCAUUUGGUUUUCCCCAGUAUCUUAAAAUAUUUAAAGAACAAUUAUCUCUACCUACAGAAUUUCCAGACAAGCUUUUUGCUGAGAAGUGGAAUGAGAAUGUUCAGUGUCUCUCAGAAGAUAAAAGUGUGCAAGAAGUCCUACAGAAGCAUUUCAAUAUCAGCAAAAGCCUGCGGUCCUUACAUAUGCUAUUGAUGCUUGCUUUAAGCCGUGUAACCACAUCACACCCAUUUAUCACUGCAGCAGAUUUGAUGGAGGCAAACCAGCUGUGUAGCAUGGACUCUAAAGCAAAUAUUGUACAUGGUCUGUCAGUCUUGGAAAUCUGUCUUAUAAUAGCAAUGAAACAUUUAAAUGACAUCUAUGAAGAGGAGCCCUUUAAUUUUCAAAUGGUCUAUAAUGAGUUUCAGAAGUUUGUUCAAAGGAAAGCCCAUUCUGUCUAUAAUUUUGAGAAACCUGUUGUCAUGAAGGCCUUUGAACACUUACAACAAUUAGAAUUAAUAAGGCCCGUGGAAAGAACUUCAGUAAAUGCACAGAGAGAGUACCAGCUGAUGAAACUACUUUUGGAUAAUACUCAAAUUAUGAAUGCUUUGCAGAAAUACCCCAACUGUCCUACAGAUGUUAGGCAGUGGGCAACAUCCUCACUAAGCUGGUUAUAAAUAUAACCCAUGGCUUCAGUAAUGUAGUUUCAGGCAGACUUCUCUAAAGAACUAAAAGCUAUUGUCCUUUAAUAAGAUGUGUUAAUACAUUUUUUAUAUUUAUAGACAUGUAUUUUUGUAUUUAUGGGGAACUGUUACACAGGUAGUAUUCUUGGCUGUGUCAUGCCUUUAAAUCAUAAGCAGUUACGUGAUUUAUAAUUCCUGUAAUUUAGACUAUGUUGAAGUAGAAGUUAAAAUAAAUGUGAUUAUUUCUUAGAUAUUGAACCAUAUACUUAUUUAACAGUUACGAAGUAUUUUUGUGUUACAUUUGAAAUCUUCAUUUCAAUCUAGCAGCCAAUGUUUUUAUAAACAUUAAAGAAAGCAUUAAAGAAACAA